AUGGUUUCUAAAUCCUAUAGAUGCAACCGGUACCUUAACCUACUGUUUCAUUAUCGACAUUUCUCGACUCAAAACGAGACAGCAACCCAGCUAAAGUCAAAUAGUUCUUCAGUUCGUUCUCAUUUGGAAUCUGCUAGGUUAAAGCAACGGGAUAUCAAGAAAGAAGAGACAAAGAAAUUGUCUAAUUCCAAUAAACAAGCGUUUCGACAAAAUAUAAAGGUUAUAGCACGAAUAUUGAAGUUGGGCAAGCCCGAUUGGAAGCUUUUCUUAUUAGCCAUUGGUUUCAUUUUAUGCGCUGUUUUAUACCCUACUACUGCCGUUAGAUUGGUGGGAGCAGCUCUUGAUGCCUUUAACUCAGAUACAAAGGAUUCCGAUGGCGAUUUGAUUGUAUGGGGCCACAAAUGCUCCACUGUUAUUGCACUCAUGGUUCCCUUUAUGUGUUUGAGCGCAGUUUGUUUUUGGGCAAGAAUAUGGGUUUUGAAAGUUUUGGGAGAGCGUUUGGUUGCUAGGCUUAGGACCAAGGUCAUGAAGAACUUGCUACGUCACGAUGCAAAGUUUUACGAUAAUGAUAAGAACAAGGUUGGUGAUUUGAUUAGCAGAUUGUCGAGUGAUGCAUACGUAAUGAGUAAAUCAAUCACAAGCAACUUGCCUGAUGGAUUGAAAAAUUUACUUUUUGGUAUUAUUAGUUCCUAUAUGAUGUAUUCCAUUAAUCCGUUAUUGUUUGGCGUGAUGUUACUUAUUUCGCCUCCAAUAACUAUUGGAUCUGUAUGGUAUGGAGAAAAGAUUAGGAAACUAUCUACAAAGUUACAAAAUGCCACUGCUGGAUUGACAAAAGUCAGUGAAGAAACAUUGAACUCUGUGAUGUUGGUGAAAGCUUUUACUAGUGAGCAGAAGGAGUUGGCAAGGUAUAGUGCAAGGUUGAGGCAAGUGGUAAAUGUGGCAAAACAAGAAGCAUUGGCUCAAUCAAAUUAUUCCGUUAGCAUAUAUACACUAUAUCAUGCAGGUUACUUAUCUUGUGUUGCAAUUGGUAUCUGGCUAAUGAUGCGCGGACAAAUGACUGCAGGGGAUGUUGUUGCUUUUACCAUGUACCUGGAGUUUUUCAACCUGGCCUUGUACAGUUUGACCACCACUUAUCUUGAAUUGAUGAAGGGAGCUGGAGCUGGUGUCAAACUUUUCAAGUUGAUUGAUUACAAAAGUGAUGUUGCGCCAAUCAAGGGUGAAAAAGUGAAAUCAUUGCCUAAUCAAGUCGAGUUUCGACAUGUGUCAUUUAGCUAUCCAACGCGACCCAAUGACAAGGUUUUUGACGAUUGCAGUUUUAAAAUCAAGAGCUCAAGCAGUACAUGUAUUGUUGCACCCUCCGGUGCUGGGAAAUCCACUGUUGCGGCGUUACUACUACGCUCUUACAAUAUACAACUGGGCGAAAUACUCAUUGGAGGAAGGAAUAUUAAGGAUUUUCAAGUAAGGGAAUUGAGGCGUCAUAUUAUUGGUAUAGUUCAACAAGAGCCAGUCCUUUUAAGUGGCUCAAUUUUGGAAAAUAUUGUUUAUGGCUUAACAUUGAAACAAGUGAGUAAACUUACCAUGGAUGAUGUGAUUGCGGUUUGUAAACAAGCAAACUGCCAUGAUUUUAUCAUGAGCUUUCCUGAUGAGUAUGAUACGAUAAUAGGAAGUAGAGGUGCGUCCUUAUCUGGAGGUCAAAAGCAAAGAAUAGCCAUUGCUCGUGCAUUGAUCAAGCAUCCGCAAGUAUUAAUCCUUGACGAAGCUACAUCUGCAUUGGAUUCCAAAUCUGAAUCCCUCAUUAAUGAGACUUUGAGAAAUUUAACCAGUCAAGGUAAAAUGACCAUCAUAUCGAUUGCGCAUAGGUUAUCUACUAUUUCUAAAUCUGAGUAUGUUGUUGUACUUGGAAAGCACGGCAAUGUUAUUGAGAAUGGCAGGUUUGUUGAGCUUUUCAGCAAUCCCUAUAGCGAACUAUCCAAGCUCUUGGACGAAUCAGAAAACAAACAACAAGAAGAAAUGAUCAAUGAACAAGAAGUAGAAGAAAUAGAGCAUGCAAAUUACGAAGCAAGCGAAAUCGAGAAAAGGCAGAAGGAAUUUGGACAACUCAAACAUUUGAGAGAUUUGAUUGACUCAUUGCCAAGUGACUUGAAAGACCAACUAAUUGAAGAAAUCACGAUUGACUCGGAAAAGAGAAUGCAACGUUUGGAUUCAACUUUGGACAAGGACUUGAAAAGAUAA